AUGGCCGAAAACCUCACAGACAAGUCUUCUGAAGUCCUCAAGGCUGCCCUCGACAAAGCCGAGGAGCUCGCCAACGCCCAAGUCCACCCACUCCACCUCAUCUCUGUUCUCUGGGAAGAACCGAGCCAAUCAUCCACUGCCCCCGACCAGCCUACACUCCUCAAAGCGGCCGUCGAACAUGUCGGCGGCAACCCGACACUCUUCAAUCGCGCUCUCAUGGGCAAGAUUAACAGAUUACCUGUGGUCGACCCAGCGCCCUCCCCUCCCCUCCCCCUCGCCAACUCUUUCCAUGCUGUUCUCAGAGAAGCUCAAAAACUCCAGAAAGAUAUGAACGAUGGCUUUGUUGCCAUAGAUCAUCUCUUGCUGGCUUUACUGCAUGUCGACGGUUCCGAGAUGAAGGAGCUUUUGAAGGGUACAGGUGCCGAGAUCAAGGCCCUGGAAGCUGAAAUCAAGAGGAAGAGGGGAGGUAGGAAGGUGGAUAGCAAGAGCGCCGAAAGCCAAUUCGAUGCCCUCAACAAGUACUGUGUUGACCUCACUGCCCUCGCCGAACAAGGCAAGCUCGACCCAGUCAUUGGACGAGACAAUGAAAUUCGCCGAACCAUCCGCAUCCUUUCCCGCCGAACCAAGGGUAACCCCGUUCUCAUCGGUGAGCCUGGUGUCGGUAAGACUGCCAUCGCCGAAGGCCUCGCUCAGCGUAUCGUCGACCGGGAUGUCCCUGCAAGCUUGAUCAGUCGUCUCAUGGCCCUUGACAUGGGUGCUUUGAUGGCUGGCGCCAAAUACAAGGGAGAAUAUGAGGAGCGAGUCAAGGCCGUCCUCAGCGAAGUCGAGAAGAGCGGAGAUGAAGGCACUCAGAUUAUUCUGUUCAUCGACGAAAUCCAUCUCAUCAUGGCCGGAAAAGAUUCGAGCGGAGGUAUGGAUGCUGCCAACUUGCUCAAGCCCAUGUUGGCCCGAGGCAAGCUCAAGGUUAUCGGCGCGACCACUCUCAACGAAUACCGCCAAUACAUCGAAAAGGAUUCUGCAUUCGAGCGACGAUUCGCUCAAGUCAUUGUGGAUGAGCCUUCAGUUCCCGACACCGUUGCCAUCAUGCGUGGUAUUCGCGAAAAGUACGAAAGCCACCACGGGGUCCGAAUCAUGGACUCUGCUAUCGUCCUCGCUGCGCAGCUCGCCAAACAGUACCUCACCGCCCGACGCCUUCCCGACUCUGCUAUCGACCUCCUAGACGAGGCUGCCAGUGCCGUCAAAGUCGCUCGAGAGACCCGCCCUGAAGCUCUGGACGAGCUCGAGCGUAAGAAGCUCGGUCUCGAGGUCGAAGUCCAUGCGCUCGAGAGGGAAAAGGAUGAAGCUUCCAAAGAGAGGCUGGAGGCUGCCAAGAAGGCGAUUGCCGAUGUGGAAGAUCAGCUUGGACCGCUCAAGAGAGAGUACGAGAAUGAGAAGCAUAUUGGAGAUCAGAUCCACGAACUGAGAAGGAGAAUUGACGAACUACGUGCCAAGGCUGAUGAAGCUGAGCGAAGGUACGACCUCGCCACUGCAGCCGACAUCCGAUACCACUCCAUCCCUCAACGAGAAGAGAAGCUCAAGGAGCUGGAGCAGAAGGAAGCCGAGAAGGGUUCUGGUCAAGGUGUGACCCCCGAUGGUAUUGCGGAGGUUGUUGCUCGAUGGACAGGUGUUCCCGUUUCUCGUCUCGUCGAGACAGAAAAGGCCAAACUUCUUCGCCUCGAGAAAUUGAUCUCCAAACAGGUCAUCGGACAGCCCGAGGCUGUCAAAUCUGUCGCCAACGCUAUCCGACUCAGUCGAUCCGGUCUCGGUAACCAGAACCGACCUAUUGCCUCCUUCCUACUUGUUGGACCCUCUGGUACUGGUAAGACCUUGCUAGCCAAGACCGUCGCCAGUGUCAUGUUCAACAGCGAGGAUGCGAUGGUGAGGAUCGACGCUUCAGAGUAUUCAGAGAAGCAUUCAAUCUCUAGAUUGGUUGGAGCUCCCCCAGGUUAUGUCGGUCACGAGUCUGGCGGAGCUUUGUCCGAAGCUGUCCGACGCAAGCCCUAUUCUCUCAUUCUCAUCGACGAGAUCGAAAAGGCCGCUCGAGAGUUCCACCAGAUCUUCCUCCAAGUCCUCGAUGACGGCCGUCUCACCGACGGUCAAGGACGCACCGUCGACUUCCGAAACACCAUCAUCAUGAUGACCUCCAACGUUGGCUCCAACUUCCUGAACGAGAACCCAUCCGAAGGUCCCGUGCAGCCCGAAGUCCGCACACAAGUCAACGGUGCUAUCGCCAAGACCUUCCCUCCCGAGUUCAUAAACCGAAUCGAUGAUAUCAUUCUCUACAGGUCUUUGAGCCGGGCGGAUAUCAAGAAGGUGGUGGGCGUGAGGUUGCAAGAGAUCCAGAAGAGGAUCUUGGACAACAACAAAAAGAUCAAGUUGGACGUCGACGACUCUGCUCGCGAAUGGUUGGCACAAGCUGGUUACUCUCCUUCAUACGGUGCUCGACCCAUGGCCCGUCUCAUCCAGACCGAGAUACUCAACCCUCUCUCCCGACUCUUGCUCCAGGCCCGAGUACGGGAGAAUGAGACGGCGCAUAUUACUGCCGAUCUGAGGAAGAACCGACUGGUGGUUAUCCCCAACCACGAGCCAGAUGUGACAAUGCCGGACGAUAGUGAUGAGGAAGAUGAUUCAAUGGACAUUGAGGUGGAGGAUAUGGAUUAG